AUGUCUUGUAAUUCUAGUUCUUUGGGUUGCAUUCUUGUCUUGUUUGCCCUAGCAAUUAUCAAAAUUCAUGCACGAGUGCCAACACCAGUUGCUCGUUUAAAUUAUGAAAUGCACGUCAUCAAAGGUGAUAUGAAUACACCGAUAGUUGGAUCAUGCACUUCUCCAAGUCAUGGAUUUACUGUUAACUUUACGUUAAACCAUUCCGAUGAACAAGUCCAAUGGCAGAUUAGAUUGCGAAGGAAUGUGCGCGCGAUUUACGUUUGCUUGCUGAUCAAGAACCGUAACGAGCGCAAGAGGGUCAUAGUGUUCGAUCAAGCUAUCGACAUUAGGGAAAGAAGGUGUGGACGGACCGGUAUGUGCUUCUAUAAACUCGAAGAGGAUGGCAUCUAUUUUGCUGAUGAUAACGUUUCAUACAAUAGAGAGUUGGCUUGGGAUCACUAUAAUUAG